AACUCUGGUGGGGACUUUUUGUAAAAAAAAAAAAAAAAAAUACCUUCAUCUUUUUAUUUUCAAACGGGAAAAGAGGGAGGAAAACCGGAAGAGCGACAUCAUCCUUGACCAAACGGUCCGCGAAGUCAAGUGCGACACCUGCGCCUCCACAUCGGGCGACACGUCGCUGGAGAUUUAAUUGUUUUAUGAUUGUUUUGUUUUUUUUUCUUUUGACGAAAGAGAAACUCCGACACGAAGGAUGAAAGUCUGCCAGAGCUUAACCGCAGUCUUCAUCGUCUGCUUUGCGGUUUUCGGUGGUCUUCAGUCCGUGACGCUGGAGGUGAAGGAGGGAAACUCCACCUGCAUCAAAGCGGAGCUGUCUGCGUCUCUGUCCGUCACCUACGCCACGUCCAACGGCUCGAGGACGGUCUCUGUCCCUCUGCCCGACUCCACCCGGGUGGACGCRUCCAGCAGCUCGUGCGGCGCCGGCGGCAGCUCGUCUCAGCUGGUGGCGCUGUUCGGAGYGGGCCACGGGCUCGGCCUGAACUUCUCCAGUAACGGGAGCGUUUACGGCGUGACGGCGCUGGUUCUGAUGUUCAACCUGAGCGACGCCUCGCUCUUCCCCGAUGCCAGCCUCUCUGGAGUGCACACCGUGACGAACGACUCCGUUCAGAUCUGGGCGCCCGUCAACACCACGUACCGCUGCCUGAGUCCCGCCACCGUCAGACUCGAGGACGACCUCGUCACAUUCUCCGGCGUGAGGCUGGAGGCCUUCAUGCACGGGGACGACCUGAGUCCAGCAGAACACGUCUGCGCCGCAGAUCAAGCCACCACGCCCGCUGCUCCCACCACCGCCAYGACCACAACCACGGCAGCUCCCGCUCCGACCCCGCCGGGAAAACCCGAACGAGGCACGUACUCCGUGAAGAACAGCAACGGAACCGAAUGCCUGCUGGCCCAGAUGGGUCUGCAGCUCAACGUCUCCUACGUGUCUCAGUCUCAGAACAAGACCGUCCAGGAAUUAUUCAAUCUGAAUCCCAACCUGACGAGUCCAUCGGGAUCGUGCGGGUCCAGCAGAGCCACACUGGUCCUGACUCAGGACCAAACCUKGACGCUCAGCUUCACCUUCACCAUGAACACCACGUCCAGCAGGUACCGGCUGAGCGGGAUGGACCUGCAGGCCAACUGGUCCGACGCGGCGGCUCCCUUCUCAGCCAGCAACAGCAGCCUGGACUUCCUGCAGAGCGCGCUGGGCCACUCCUACAUGUGCAACGCUGAGCAGAGCCUGCAGGUGGCGCYGAGCUUCUCCCUCAACACCUUCAGGCUGCAGGUGCAGCCGUUCGGAGUCAGCAGCAAGCAGUUUGCCACGGCGGAGGAAUGCCAGGUGGACCAGGACCAGAUGCUGAUCCCAAUCAUCAUCGGAGCGGCUCUCGCUGGCCUGGUGCUGAUCGUCCUCAUCGCCUAUCUCAUCGGCCGGAAAAGGAGCCACGCCGGGUACCAGACCAUCUGAGCGGGUCAGAACAGACUGACGGGUAGAGAAACUAAAAUUAAAAACAUGGAGGACAAACCUGAAGCAGCUCUCUGCGAUGAGCCACCUCUGGAUAUUUGACCGUUUUCACUUCAUCUGUGGACGAUAAAAAAGCAAAAGAGCCUCCUGACCUGAUUGGCGCAAUCUUUUUUUUUAGUUCUAAACAAAAUUAGCUUCAGCCUCUGCUUCCUGUUUUUAGUGCAAAUAUCAGGGCAAUUAAAGACGCUUUUAACGUUUCCAAAAAAUAUUUCAAGUUAUGCUGAGUUUUCUUGUCUGAAGGUGUUUUUCAUGAUUGUCCUCUAUGAAAAGGGAAACCUCUGAACGUGUCCAAAACCUGCACAGAACUCGAGAUUUUAUUUUUCAGCUUGGUUAAAAAUUU